GCAGUUCUGCUAUUGGUCAGCGGGUUCAGUGGGUACUGUUUCUCGGAGACAGUGUACGACCCCCUAGGCGACUUCAUGGACCUCCUUACGUUGUUCAGCUGUGGCAUUAACUUCGCCCUCUACUGUCUGAUGUCCCAGCAAUUCCGGUCCACCUUCCUUCAGCUAUUCUGCCCACGCAAGCCAGUACACUAG